CGGCGUCGGAAUAAACUUUUCGGUCCUCCUUGCCCAGCAGGUUCCAGUACAUCGCGCUGAGGUCGAUAGAGCGCUUAGCGGACUUCACAUGACGUGUUAGAGCCUCGAACGUCUGUGGGACAUCCGAUGACAAGUCAAAAUCCCCCACGGGCAGCGACUCGACCAGCGACAGCGUCGCCUUGCCUGUUAGAAACUCGUUAGAAACGGAAUCAGACGUCCAUUUCGGCUCAAAUACUCGCGGCUUGGAGACAGAAGGAGAAGUAACUGCGGUGUCGCGAGGAGAGAAGCGCAGCGCUACAAGAAACAAACAUGAUAUCGCCCACAGCAGACCGAACAGCGCAGCGCCGUCACCGCGACGCAGUCGGCGCGGCAUCUCCUCAACGUAUCUACUUCUUCAAGACGUUUGAUAGUCAAGUUUCUAACCUCAGCGGCUGUCGCAUGAAUGCUGCAUUUAUUUCAUUUCUAACCCAGUGAAACAUUCAGACGACAAUUAGAAACUUGAAGCCAUGCAUUUUUGACUGGCCAAAAGCAAGUUACAAUGGCGGCCGGGAAGAUGCCUGUGUCUCGCAAGGCUAAGCGCAAGCAGGAGCGCGAGGACAAGAAGCGUCAGAAGAAUAAACGACAGCGCAAGGAGGUGAGCGCGCAGUCUACAACAGAUAGAAAUGCCGGCAACUCGCGUGGCAAGAAACCCGCCAAAGCGCAUCGACCCAGCGGCAUCACCAACAAGUUUCACGAAUUCCUAGCAGAGGCGGCGAAUGCGAAAGAUGGUGCGCAUGUUCAUGACUGCAGUAUGUCGACAUAGUAAAUUAUCCACCGAUACGCCACGUUGACUACAUACAGACGAACCCAAUGCCGAGGACAGGGAGAUUAAGGCGCUGGAGGCCAAACUGGGACUCGGGUCGUCGUCAUCCAGUAAAUCUGAGUCGGCUCUGAAGAAAUUGCAGAAGUAGGCGCAAUAACUGGUAUUAUUUAUUGGCUAUGAAGUAGUAGCUGACGUUGCGGUGGUCGAUAUGAUGACAGGGAGUACUCGAAGGACGGACUGGGUGAAGACUUUGCCGAAUUUUUGUCGGAAUUGGAUCAUAUUUCAGAGUACGAAGGCUGUGAUUGUUGGCGCAAAAAGAGGAAUGCUAAUUGCUUAUUUUUCGGCUUUGCAGGGUUGUGAAAGGCCGACCGAAGGCGGCAAAACACUCAACUGCACAUGAUGCCGACGUUGAGAACGAUGGAGAGGAGAGUGAAAUGGAUGCGAGUGAGGCUGGUAGUGAUUUCGGAGACGACAUGGAGAUGGAUGAAGAGACUCGACGCGAGAUGGAGCUGCUACAGGCGGAAGACGCUGAGUUUUUGAAGGGCAUGGACGAGCUGCCGACGGACGAGUCGGAAUCCGAGUCGGAGGAUCUCGCCCAGUUUUACUCGGACGAGGAGGAAAGUGAAGACGAUGAAGCUCAAGCUAACGCUAUGCGAAACCAGCAACUAGCCGCUGGUGCAGAGGAGGCUAGCGAUGAGAGCGAAGGCGAAGAAGAACAGGAACAGGCGGAGGCAGAAAGCGAUGAAGAUGAUAAACUAGACGAGGAAGAAGAGAGCGACAACGCUGAUACCGAGGAGAGCGACAAAGACGACGACGAGGAAGAACAGGAGAAGGAAGAGAAGGAGGAGAACGUCGUUGUCGAAGAGGACAUCUACGGUCGACCUGUCAUCAAGUCGAAUGACGGCACCAAGAAGCCAUCAGCGUACCUUCCUCCUCAUCUGCGCCGAAAGAUUCAAGCCGAGGCCGAAGCUGCUGCUGCUGCGGCUGCCACAGAUAAAGUCAAGCCCUCGCAGAUGGACGAGCAGGCCAUGCGCGAGCUGACACGUCGCAUUAACGGCCAGCUCAAUCGUAUCUCCGAGUCCAACAUGGAGUCAAUUGCGCUAGAAAUGGAGAAAAUCUACCGUGGAAACGGUCGGUCACUUGUGAACGAAAUCCUAUUAGAGAAACUUCUUCAAACAACCUGCCACCCUCGACAAGUGAUGGCUCCACUCAUCAAGGUUGGUGGUGCUCUGGUGGCAGCUCUGUACCACAGUGUUGGCAGCGAAGUCGGAGGGUUCUUCGUUGAGAAGUUGGUGCGCAAACUUAUGGAUAGCGUGGAGGAGGAAAAGAAGCAGCUCAGUGAGUCUGCAGACACUCACCUCGAUGAUGACGACGACGCUGGGAGAACGUCCAAGGUGCCGGUGAACUUGAUGCUGUUCGUGAUGAUGCUGUACAACUUCGGCGUCGUGCACUGUACGCUCGUGUACGAUCUCUUCCGCUCGUUCGUGGACAGUUUCUCGUCCACAGGCAUUGAGCUGAUCCACCAACUCCUGAAGGUUGGCGGUGCUCAACUUCGUUCGGAUGACGCUGACGCCUUGCGUCAAAUGGUUGCUGCGGUACAGCAGAAAGUGGGGGAGGCACAGCAAUCGAACGGUGGAAAGCAACCCGAAGAGCGUGUUCGCUUCAUUCUGGACCUCAUUUAUGACCUCAAAAAGUCGUCCAAGCACAGCAAAGGAGGGAAGAAUGGUGUAGGUGGUGGUGCCUUAGAUGUUUCGUCAUUAAAGAAGUGGCUUGGGCGUGUGAAAACGCGAUGUGGAAAUGCCAACAAUCCACUGCGUGUGUCUCUCCAUGAGCUGCUCAAUGCCGAUGAAGACGGUCGUUGGUGGAUCGUUGGUGGUACGUGGGUCGGCUAUCAGCAGCAGAAGUCGAGCGAUGACGCAGCUAAUGACGAUGCAGCGAAUGAAACUGCGCGGGAGAACGACAGACUCUUGAAACUCGCAGAGAAACAACACAUGAACACGGACGUCCGCAAGAAAAUCUUUGUGGCGCUCAUGGGAGCGACUGACUGCUUUGACGCGUAUGAGCGAUUACUGCAGCUGCACUUAAAGGAGAAACAGGAGCGCGAAAUCGUGCGUGUAUUGCUGCACUGCUGCGGCCAGGAGAACAAAUUCAACAAGUACUAUCUGGUGCUGGCUGAAAAAUUGUGUGAGAUGGACCAGCGAUACAAAUUCACGUUCCAGCUCGCGUUCUGGGAUAUUUUCAAGCAGAUGGAGUCGCUCAAGCCUCGGAGGUUGUACAACCAAGCUCAGAUGUUGGCUGGACUUGUGCUUAGCAGCAGCUUGUCGCUCUCAUGUUUGAAGGUUCUCGACUUUACGCAGCUGGAGGAGAAGAGCAUUUUGUUCCUGCGCGUUUUGAUGGAGGAAAUCCUCAAGGUGGAAAGCGAGCUGGAGAUGGCGCAGGUGUUUCAGCGCUUGCUGCAGACGAAGAAGGCGCAGCUUACAAUUGACGGCCUUGCGGUUUUCUUCCAUCAACAUUUGACGAGCUUCCGCGGUGAGCCUGACCCGAAGACAAGAUCAUUGCUGAAAAAGCGUGUCAAGAGUGUGAAAAGCUUGCUGGAUCAGCUCGCCAAAUCUGCCGCAUCGGCGGAAAAAAAGGCUAGCUUCAUGUAGAUAGGAGGCAAAUCCUGCAUACAAUAGACCAUCAAACCCUUCCCAAGUCGCCACUGAUUGCAGACAGUAUCUCCACUACGAAGGAAUGAUUGCCUCCGUGCCACGACAGAUACGAAGGUCUGGAUCGAUGACAGUAAUGGCACUGCACAAUACCCACAGUGAUCAAGUAUGUGUGGCUGCAACACAACAGUGAUGAAGCCAAAUCAUGAAAAUCUCGUGGAUGCACUGCAACACACAUACUUGAUUAGAUAAAAUCUGAUGUUUGGCACGGCUGAAUGCGCUUCAACGAACAUACACUGAGGAAUUUAACGUCCUCUGAAAGCUGCUAUACCAUGAUAUCAAAACGAGCAUCAGCAAGUUGCUGACAGCAACUGAAAAGGAAUGUACCCGCAAUAGGUUUCCACGUAGAUUAUUUCGUAGCAAAAUCUGAUUCUUCGUCCUCUACUCCUCCUCAAUCUUCUUGAUAAACUUGGCCGGGUUGCCAGCGUACACGCACAUGGGAGGCACAUUCUUGGUCACCACACUGCCAGCUCCGAUCACAGCGCCGCGGCCGAUCGUGACUCCAGGCACAACCACCACGUUGCCACCGAUCCACACAUCGUCCUCUAUAGUGAUCGGCUUCCCCAGUUCGUACCCCGAAGAUCGUG